AUGCCAAAUAAGCUUCGGUCUCGUUCCAAUCUUGCUUCCUCAGAAAAUUUGGCCAAGCUUGGAGAAUGCGCCAGAUGGGGUAUGCUUUCGACCUUGUUUAGUCUGGUGUAUGGCCACCUGCUGGUGGCCACCCAGCUGCCCCCUGACCCCAGACAGGAUGGUUGGCUCCUGAUGAAGUCUCCGCUACCCACCUACAUCAUCUCCGUCGGCUACGUCCUGGGCGUCACCUGCCUGGCGCCCAAACUCAUGGAGGACAGGCGGCCGGUCUCGGGUCUCCGGCCAGUGAUGGUGGUGUACAACGCCCUGCAGGUCGUUAUUUCCUUCUGGCUCUUGUACGAGGUCGCAAUGGCAGGAUGGCUUACGACCUACAGCUACCGCUGCCAGACAUGUGACUUCUCCAACAGUCCAGAGGCCUUGAGGAUGUUGCGGGCCGCCUACUGGUACUACGUCUCCAAGUUCGCGGACUUCCUCGACACAGUGUUCUUCCUGCUGAACAAGAAAUAUGAACACAUCUCUGCACUGCACGUCGUGCACCAUUCCCUGAUGCCUGUCAACAUGUGGUACGGUCUGCGUUACCAGCCUGGUGGCCACAGUAGCUUCAUGGGGUUCCUGAACGCCUUCGUCCACGUGGUGAUGUACUCGUACUACCUGCUGGCGGCCAUGGGGCCCCGAGUCCGUCCCUUCCUCUGGUGGAAGAAGUACCUCACCGCCCUCCAGAUGGUCCAGUUCAUAUUUGUCAUGGUACACUCCUUGCAGUUACUGUUCAUCGAGUGCCCUGUGCCUUACCAGAUAACUUGGUGGAUCUUUGGCACCUCCGUGAUGUUCCUUUUCCUGUUUUCAAACUUCUACCUGCAGGCGUAUAUCCGGGCCAGCACCAAGGCCAGAACUCAGGAAAUGAAUAAAGUCGUGAAUGGGUUUCUGGGGUGCUACGCAAACGGCCUGACGUCGCCCCGAGGGCCGCCCAGAGAUGUCCCCGAGAUGACCUGCAAGGUGACGGAAUUGAGACAGAACAAGACGCUCAAAAAUCGUCGGGAGCCCUCUAGUCUACCUUGA